CUGAGUGUGGAACACUGAUUCUGCAUGAUCUUCUAAGUUAGCGGGCUUUACUGACUUUUUUUACUUUUCUCUUCAAGCCACCCGUUUUACUUUCUUGAAAGCAAAACGAUCGCUUUUAAAGAGCAGCACUCACCAAUUCUGUCAACUUACUCACAAAUAUAACUCGGACGAUGGGCAAAAGAAAGAAUUCUGAAGAACACUCUUCUUCAAAACGUCCUGUCAAGGUCGAAAUUGUUGAGAAAUUAAACGAUGUCGAAACACCUUAUUUGGCUACUUUCCCUGGUAUAAAGCCUCCUUCAGACGUAAUUUUUACAGCAUACAAAAGUCCUAAUGCUUCCAUAAAGAAAGCCCAAAAUCGCUUCAUAAGUGGAGAAACUGAUAAAGUUACUUUUUCAGCAAGUAACUACGGGCCUGAUUCCCUGCGUAAUAUGCAGUGCAAAUAUAUUGUAGGUGUCUAUUCUAAAAAAGAAAACACUUUGAAUAUCACCAACGCACCUGUCAUGAAAAUGAACCGUACUAUCAAAGCCUUGAGCUCACAAAACAGCAGCAGUAGUACUAUCGCUAGAGGACAGGUUGCUCGAGCCGCUCUAGGCUUAGCCUUCGGUACAGCUAAGGCUAAGCAACAAUUGAAGAGUGAUGAACGUAAUCUUGUAAAGGGUGAAGAUAUUAUGGAAGAAAUGGAUGAUUUGCACGCAGAAAUUGGUAAAGCCACGGCCAACAUACCAAAGAAGGAAGAGAUGAGGAAGGAUUUGGAAAAUGCUUUGCCUGUACCCAGCUAUAACAUUAAUGCUGAUUCACCAGAGGAAGUUUACGAUCUCAAAUCUAUUGUCACUGACGAAGAGUUGAAUACAAUGAAUUACAAGGAAUUGUUGAAACAGACAUCAUUGGAUGAUGUUAAGAAGCUACUUGCUUUCCAUGAAUCCAAAUUUGUCAAUGAUCGCUUAAUGGCCAUUUUAGGUUCUUCAGGCAAGAAGGAUCGUAAAAGAGUGCGUGUCCUUAUGUAUAUCAAUUUACUCAUGGCAUACUAUGUCCGUGUUCGCCCUGGUGAUCUGAAAAAUCGUAGAAAGGUGGAAGCUGCUUUAAAAUCACCUUCGAGCAUUGUUCUGGAUGGACUAACCGAGAGAUAUACCGAAGCUAACCACCGCACAGCACUUAUGAACGAUAAGAUUCUAUUAUACAUGUUCACCCUCAUUCUUUCGAUAUCUGGAUACAGUGUUUUGAUUGAUGAUAUUGGAAAAGAUCUUUUCUUAAAGCCUAGCAAAGUUGUGACAUUAUUCAAGAGCUUGGGUUGCAAAAUCGAUAAAGCAAGCGCUGAGGAAAUUCGACAGACCAACAAUAAAGCAGCAAAGAAAGCCACUUUAAUUGUUCCUCUCAAAUUCCCUGAAGUGAGAACUGGUGGCCGCCGUUAAGGAAAAUCAAGAAAUGAAUACAUCAGCAUGUUUGCAGUAAUCUCGUUAAAUAAAAGUUGUUGCUGUUUUUUGUUGUUGUUUUUUUGCAUACAACUGUUUAUCGAACAGCCUGUUUAAGAAACCCUGAUAUAUGAUUAGGAUUGGCCAUUGCAUCUUUUCUUUUCUAGUCUGAUCUGGCACGUUCGAAGGCUACAUUAUUGUAUAAAA